CGGAUCUGACGUCUUGCUAGCACGAAGUUUUUUUCAGAGUGACACUCAAAGAUGGAGCGCGAGGACGGAACAACACCGAGCCGCGAAAACUGUGUUUACACGAGCUGCUACUGUGAAGAAAAUGUUUGGAAACUCUGUGAGUUCAUAACAACGGAGAGAACCGUGCUGCUGGAGGAACUGUUGGUGGUUUUCAUCUCUAAUGAGAACAGAACGGUUCCUCUGUGGAAGCAAAAGUCUGGACGUGGGGACCAUCCGGUGAUCUGGGACUACCACGUGAUCCUGCUGCAGGUCAGCCGUCAGCCUUCUUCUUCUCUGGUUUAUGACUUGGACUCUGAGCUGGCGUUCCCCUGCAGCCUGACGCUGUACGCCGCUGAGGCGCUGCGCUCAGACCGCCACAUCAACCCCGCCUACCACAGGAAGUUGCGUGUCGUCCCCGCCCACUGCUUCCUGUUGAACUUUGCGUCCGACAGAUCACACAUGAAGAACUCUGACGGGUCAUGGAAGAUGCCCCCCCCACCUUACCCCCCCAUAUGCACCGCAGAGUGUCAGAUGAACCUGGACGACUUCAUCAGUAUGAUCGCCGGCGUGGGCUGGGGGGAGGUCUUCACGCUGGACCACUUCCUGCAGAAAUACGUGGAGGACUCUUCAUCGUCAUCAUCAGCAGCAGCUUCCUCUUCAUUGUAGCUGCUGAUUGGUUGACGUCUCGCUGAGUCUCGCUGUGUUUACGUACACUCGGGUAGCUCUGUUACCGUGGUAACCAUCAGCCUGUUCCCUCCUCCUGAUUGGUCUGAACGGGUCAUGACGACAGGCGCCCGUCACACUGAAUCAAACCGGUCUGAGCCGGUCGUCUCGUCCUCACUCAGAGGAUUCAGAGGCUCUGAACAGGAAGUGACUGAACAGACUCUACUUCCUGUGAACCUGUGACGAACGCAGUGAGUCACUGAUGCGUUCAGGCUCUCCUCAGUAAAAAUGAGCACUGGCUGAAGGUAAACGUUCUCAUGAUGUGUUCAGUGUCGUCCUGUAAAAUAAAUAAAUCAGCUGUUUGAAGCAGAAA